AGGAGCCAAAUCAGAGCAAUUGGUGGCCGGGAUUCAAAGGCAGUUGUGCUGUAUCUGCGGUAGGUGUUGACCACCCAGAUCAAGAUACCUACUUUGAUGGGGUUUUAGGACAAAUUAAAAUUAAGAUUGGAUCUAAAUUGAAUCAUUCACAUGGAGUUCCUGAUUUUUUGAAUCAAGGUUAUGAACUUCGCCCCUUAUAG